AUGCACUGGCUGGUUCGCGCACCUCUCCCGGCGUUCCCUCUCGCACCGGUCCCUCUCCCCGCGUUCCCUCUCCCACCGUUUCCUCUCGCACCGGUCCCUCUCCCCGCGUUCCCUCUUCCCGCGUUCCCUCUCUCACCAGCCCCCCUCCCCGCAGUCCCUCUCGCACCAGUCCCUCUCCCCGCGUUCCCUGCGUGCACCUGGGGUUGCCUACCUCUACCAGUCGCGUUCGCACCAGCUGGUUGCGCGGAGGCGAUUGUGCAUGCGCGCUUGCAUUCAUCCCCGCUCCAUCAAUCUCUGCCCAUCGUGAACCAUCCGUAA